AUGGCGUCAAGUCGAGAGGAUCUUUUGUGCCAACUUCGCGAGUUGGCGGGAUGUUCGACCUUGAGUGCGGCUGAUCUUGGGGAGCUAAGUUGGCGCACGAAGCAGCGGGUGCUUCUCGGCCUUCUGGCGGAGCUGCCAGAAGGCAAAGAGGCCGUCAUGGCAUGCGCGCAGCUGCAGAUGGAGCGAAACAGGGCGCGGCAGUUGGACAAGGCGGCAAAGGCGCUGCCGGUCGCCUUGCGCAGGGCCGAGGACGAGCUGCGGCGGACUUUUUUCGCGGAGGUGGGGGCCGUGCUUGCCGCCUUGGGCGCCGCUCCCGCCCUCAGGGCGCCGAAGAAGCUACAGGGAGACGCCGGCGUGUGCCUCAGGGCUGUUGGAUUUUUGGCGGCAAGAGUCAGCAGCCGUCAGCUAAGGCGAAGAAGUGCUCCGGAGGCGGCGCCUGCGCCCGCACCUGCAUCGACAGGCCCCACGCCGAGCAUCAACACUUCCGGCAACACCCUCGGCGUCGACAGCAGCAGCGGCCGUGACACGAAUAGCGUCAGCAACAACAACGGCGAGGGCAUCACCAGCACCAACGACACCGGCAUCCACGGCGGCAGCAAUCACAACAUCAGCGAGAGCACCGCCGAUACCGGCGGCGGCGUCGAUCGUUCUGCCGGUAGGUUCGACGGAGGAGCCUCCCCCUCCUGCCUGUCGCUGGCGACCUCCGGCGGCGGCGGGCCCUCCCCGACCCCCCUCCGCACGGCAGGGCUGAGGACGGCGCGCACGCCCCGCCCGUCCCGUCGUAGACGUAGCCUGCCCGCCGGCGCCGGCGGCGCCGGCAAUGCCGCCUUCGAAAGAACGCCUCCGUUCGCAGUCGCGGGUGCGGCAUCAGCGGCGGCGGCACCGACCGAGGAAAUCUCUUCGCUGUUGUCCGAACAAGCCGCGCUGAAGCUAUCGGCGGGUGGUAGGCCGGCAAGCAUGUCGACGCCGUUUCCGAUCGAGCCCGCAAGAGUGCCAUCUCCCUGGGAGGAACGGAGGCCCGCUCCUCCCGACGGCGACGGCGGUGGCGACGGCGGUAGAGGCGAAGAGCGGCGGCGGAACGGCUCACCCGUGCGGGGGAGGAAGGAGGAACAGGCGGGCGCCGCAGCAGCAGUAACGCCUCCGCGCAUCGGUGCUGCAGGCGGUUUUUGCGGCCGAGCGACGGGGCAACCAACGUCUCCGUUGCCGCCGUCACCGCCGCCGGCGCCGCGUUCUGAGCCUGACACCACCACCGAGCGGCAGAAUAAGCACUCGAAGGCGGCGAUGGCCGGGGCGGCGGAAGAAGAACGCUUGAGCAGCUCUCGGCGAGCGGCUCCGCGAUCCACGGCACGUAGAGCGCGCCUCCGGCCGCCUGGCUCUUCGCGGGAGGAUAAGCGGGCAGUCCUCGGCGCCGACUCCGGCAACGGCGGCGGUGGCGGUGCCAACGUUCUUGAUCUGGAUGAUGGUGAUCUUUCGGGCAGAUUGCGAGACUACACCGCCGUGGGCUUGGAGAUGAGCAUUGUUGGCGGGGCGGGAGGUUCCGCCGCGUUGAAAAGCGGCAGCAGCAGCAACACCAGGGAGGAGCACGAGGUCGCGAAGGACGGGGGGGGGGCGGGGGAAAGGGCUGGCUCGGCCGCGGCGGCGGCGUCAGAGCGAGCGGCGGCGGCGGCCGGACCGGGACCAGAGGCGGCCGCCUGCGACGCGAUCCUGAGGGGACAGGUGGCGCAGCUGAGGCGGCAGGUCAGGCUGCAGUGGUGCGCCGUGGACGCUAGUUCAGCGGUGACGCAAGAGGUUAAGGCGGUGCUGGGCCACCUAGAAGACACCCUCCUCGAGCUGGCCUCGUUGGGACAAGAUGGCUAUUCGAGUAGUGGUCCCCGAUCCCCCGGCGGCGUUUCCUCCCGCCAACGCAGUGGAAACCCGAAGGGUCCCGCCGCCGGCGGCGGCGGCGGCGGCGGAGGGACCGGGGCUGGUUUUUAUCCCGGGGUGGCGGCGGGAGGGGUGUUCGGAGAUGCGGCGCUGCCCGCUUGGCGGCAGGUUCUCGACCGCGUGAAGGACCUCUCGAGGUGUGGGAUGUGGGGUGCGGGGUGGGGUGGACAGUUUUGCUGUUUUGGGCGCUUGCAGUGAGGGCCGCCAUGGCACUCUCAGUCAGGGUCCCCAUGUCCGCCUUCGUCGUGAUUCGUUCUCGAUAUUUUUUUUUACGCCCACAACACGCCUUCUCGAGGGUUGUUGUGUCUUCCUCGGCGAACCACCCUACCGCAUGUUUUUUUUUUUUUGCGCAUCGUACGUGCAACGGCGUGGUCGUAUCCUCUCUCUCUCCCCACGAUGUUCUCUUUGUAUCUCCU